UCCACAAUAACAAUAAUGUAUGUGACCAGGCCACUGUCGCUGUACCUGGCCGAACCCAAGGCCGCGGCGGAGCCGCCGCCGGAAGGCCCGGGCUCCGGCAUCCUGGUCGUGCUGGACGAGGCGGCGGAGCAAGCCAGCACGCUCUGCUGGGGCCUGUGCCUGGACAGGGAGGUGCGCCGCCUCCCCUUCCCGCAGAGCCGGCAGCUCGCGCUGCGGGAAAACAAUUCCUCCUCGCAUUUGGAGACGUGCGCCAAGUUUGUGGAUCUUCUCUCGGAGGUAGUAGGUUUAUGCAUCGGCUCCGACUCCGGCGGGCCGCCCGGCGGCGGCAGCGUGAGGGCGCUCCCCGACUACGUCGUCAUGGUGCCCGUCGUCGGCCAGCCGCUGUCGUCCGGCCGCUACUACGUCGUCCAGGCCGAGGGCAAACACACAGGGAAGGUGGCGGCGUGUUCCAGGGAGGAGGACAAGACGGCGUGCUGCUUCGGCUCCUGCGUCAACGACGUCAAGCCGAGGGCCUUGGACCUCGGCGACGUCUACCAGCAGGUGGAGGUGCAGCAGCUCCCGUCCGGGGACAAGGGCUUCAAGGCGGUGGCGGUCGCCGCGGACGGCAUCCCGCCGCACUACCUACGGAAGAAGGGCUGGAAGGUGAACACCAUGGCGUCCUCGAAGCGCGCCUACGACCUCGCCGGCGACGCGCAAGGGGUGGACUCCGCCCUCCGCCGCCGGAUGCCGGACCUCGACGACCCCGGCGUCGUCGUCGUCGGCAGAUGGUACGUCCCGUUCAUGUUCGUCAAGGCCGACGGGGACCGCAGCCUCAAGGACCAGUUCCGCCGGUGCAUGUUCUACAAGAUGACCAUGGAGCAGAGCUGGGAGCAGAUAUACGGCCGCGAGGCCGAGGGCAUCCAGCAUCCGCCGGCGGAGGUCGCGGUGACCGCGACGGUGCGCCGGUCGACGGCGCUGCUGGGCGGCGCCGCCAGCUGGGCGGUGAAAGAGGGCGGGCCCCAGGUGGAGGGCGGGACGGUGUGGUUCCGACCGGCGGCGGCGGGCGCCACUGUGGGGCUGGACAUGGUGCUGUGGGAGAGGAUGUGGUGGGAGCUGGGCCGGGGAGGGUGGGUCGGGCCCGCCAAUGGCGGCGCCAACGACGAGAGGAUCGAGAGGGUGGAGAGGCGUCGUGACGGGCAGGGGCGGUGGCACAAGUUUGCAUGCUAUUUGCUGGUGGAGAGGUUCCUUCUCAGGAGGAUGGAUGGCAGCCUGGCACUCACCUGUGAGUUCAGGCACACUGACAAGAUUAGAGCCAAGUGGGUGUGAGCAAAAUGUCGUGAUGAUUUUCUGAUUAUCUGUACCUGAUAGCUUAAUAAUUCUGCCUUCUCAAAAUCAGCAUGUUGUUUAGCAAUCAAUGCUUCCGACUCUACCUUCGGCUAAUCAGCGGUUCAGACUUCUUUAAGAGAGCCGGUAGCAUAUAAAUGUAAUAUGCAAUUUAAAAGUUUCGGAUGUAGAAAGUUUUUUUUAUGCAAUCAAGAAAUAUUUUGAAUGAAUAAUUCAAUACUUUUGAAUUUCA